AAAUGUACCUACACCUAAUGUAUAGUAUAGGAGCUCCACGUGUGCCUGUUGCCGUUUCUUUCCCUUCAUCAUCGACUUUAUUGCGUUUUCUGUGCCCGAAACUAACGAAUGGUGUCUUCGGACGGUGGAGAUUACCGUUCGAACGCGAAGAAGGAGAAACAGAAGAAACUGAAGAAGCUAAAAGAUCUAGAGAGGGAAAAGUCACAUCGAAAAAGAUCGAAGAAACAUGGACUUAUACAUAGAUCGGGUGGGAAGGCACCUCCUGUCCAGCUAUCUUACACGCAUAGUGUGGUGCUCGAUGAAUGGUCCAGUCUUCGAGCAGCACAGACUGCCUUAUCGGAUUUCAACGAGAGAAGGCAAUUUGAUGAACAGGGUCCUCAUGAGGAGUAUGAGCUUGUUCAAGCACUUGGCUGUGCUUAUACGAUGUCACCUGAUGCUGUGUAUCCUUCUUGUCUGCAUUUCAACUUCAUUGCUAGGCCGAAAAACAAAAAAAGCGAAUCACUGGUGGUGGAGGAGGAUAAUAAGCUCUUUUUCGGGGAAGUAAAGUGCUCAUAUAUUAAUGGUAGUGACUCUCGCUGUAGUUUUUGCUGCAUCUUAGGGCAACCUGGUACUGUGACAGGGCUUUGUGGAUGUGAUUUACAUUGUCGUUACUGUCCUGAACUCAUCCAACAUCCUGAAGGAGGUGGAUACCGAAUGUCUUACAAGCCCGUGGUGCGCCUUAUGAUGGGAGAGGAAUCAGAGAAUUCAGAGUAACAUUUUUAGAAGUAUUGGUUUUUCAAAUGUUCUCACCAUCCGCUCAUUUUAAUAUGCAAUUGUCUUUGUUUUUUGCUCAGCUCCUAUUUUGAACUCCAUAAUGACCGUAUCUCUUUAACUCUUUCGAUUUCCCACUCACCUCAUUAUACUAAAUUUAUGUUUUUCCAGAUGUAUGCAAGUUGUAAAUCAAUAGCAUUUUUCAGGCUCUUCAUUCUGCUUGAGUGUAGGGGUGGACCGGAUCGAUUCUAGCUUUCAAACUGGACUGCCCACAGUAUUAUAUGGUGUAGACUGGGUAGGGUUGGUUCCGGUUUAUCAGGCCGUUUAUAUUACAGAGUAAUACGAUAGUACAUUUUUUUGUUCGAACAGUCAUAUACCAAUCAACCACUAUACUAUACUACAUUCACUAGUGUAACACCCGGGACAUGUCCCGGUAGUGUUACUAUGAUAUGAGCUCAGGUGAUAAAUACCAAUAAACAUUGUGACAAAUUGGAUAUGAUCAAAAGUUUGAUUAUAAUUGUCUUUUACUACGUAUGACGGUAUGAACUAAC